AUGAAAUCUGCACUCCUGGCAAUUUCGUUCCUAGCGGUUGGCUGCAUCGCAGAAGAGGGAAUCAACUUGAAGCAGCAUCCGAACAUUCUUUUUCUGGUUGCUGAUGAUCUUCGGCCAUUUUUGGGAACUUAUAAAAAUGACCAAAUGGCGAUAACCCCGAACCUGGACAAAUUGGCGAAGAAAUCUGCUCAAUUCAAUGCUGCUUACGCUCAACAAGCUUUGUGUGCUCCAAGCAGGAAUUCAUUUUUGACCAGCAGAAGACCUGACACAUUAAAGCUGUACGAUUUCUAUUCCUACUGGCGAAAUUUUGCUGGGAACUUCACGACCUUGCCGCAAUAUUUGAAAUCCCACGGAUAUCACACGGUUUCUGUCGGAAAAAUAUUUCAUCCAGGAAUUUCGUCAAACUUCUCGGACGAUUAUCCUCACAGUUGGUCACAAAAACCAUUUCAUCCAAAGUCAGAAGAAUUCAAAGACGCAAAAGUUUGUUCUUCACUCGAUGACGAAAAACUGCACCGGAACAUUGUCUGUCCCGUGGAGAUUUCAAAAAUGCCAGGAAAUACAUUGCCUGACAUAGAAACUGCUCAAUUCGCAAUCGAUUUUCUGCGUCAACGCGCUUCAUCCAGUACAGGAGUAACAACCCCGUUUUUCUUGGCUGUUGGGUUUCAUAAACCUCACAUUCCAUUGAAAUUUCCGAAAGAAUUCUCAGACCUGUACCCGAUCGAAAACGUGACGCUUACGAAACACUCUGAGCGACCUCUAGGUUAUCCAACAGUUGCAUGGAAUUCUUGGUUGGACUUACGCAAACGCGAGGACGUAAACAAUCUCCACUUGAAGUUUCCUUAUGAACCAGUUCCAGAUACUUUUGCCAAGAGAAUCCGUCAGGCGUAUUUUGCCUCGACGUCCUACAUCGAUCACCUCGUCGGCCAAUUGCUGGAUGAACUGUCCAUGUCCAAGUCAAUGGCGUCCAACACCAUCAUCGUUUUUUUCGGUGACCACGGUUGGUCCCUCGGCGAACUCGGAGAGUGGGCCAAAUAUUCAAACCAAGAAGCAGCCUUGAGAGUCCCACUAAUUUUGCACAUUCCAGGCAUUACUGAUCACACUCCAGAACAGAUUGACGCACCCGUGGAACUCUUGGACAUUUUUCCCACGCUUGUGGAAGCCGUUGGGCUUGAACGAAUGCCUGAAUGUCCCUCUGAAUCCCGAAUCAGCAGACAAGUAACAUUUUGCACAGAGGGCAGAAGCUUGCUGAAGUUGAUGAGAGGCCUAGAGAAGCAAAGUAAGGGUGAAACUAUUGCUGCUGCAGCUUUUUCACAGUACCCAAGGCCCGGAGCAAAGCCGACGUUGAGACCAAACAGUGAUGAGCCGAGGUUGAGACAGAUCCAGGUUAUGGGUUAUUCUGUCAGGGUACCAGGGUUUCGGUACACGGAAUGGGUACGAUUCAAUCCCAAAGUUUUUGCUGCUAACUGGACGGCGGUUGUUGAUGUUGAGUUGUACGAUUUGCUGAGGGAUCCGGAUGGGGUGGUUAAUCGAGCAUUUGACAUGAAGUUCGCUGGCGUUCGUGCAAAGCCGUACGCCAAGAAAAUUUUGAAGAAGGUGAAUGAAUGGCUGGUUUGCGCCAUCUACCUCAGCAGCAGCGACACCUACUGA